UACACUCCUGGACGUGUCUGUGGUCUGAAAGGAUCAUCAGUUGAUCUGUCCUGCUCUUAUAAACACCCUGAAGGACUCACAGUGAAUAGAUCACUCUGGUUCAUUGAAAGUCAGUGGAAGUUUGGUGCUGAGCCUGAGGAUGUACGAGAGUCUGAUCAGUAUGAGGGGAGAGUGCAGUACAGCCGGACCCUGAACUCCUGUAGAAUGACCAUCACUGACCUGAGAGAGAGCGACGCUCACACAUACAGCUUCAGAUUCUACACUGAUCAUCCUGACGGCAGAUACUCUGGCAGACCUGGAGUCACUCUGUCUGUCACAGAUCUGAAGGUUACAGUGUCAGAUACAGAUGGAGGAGUAAAGAAGCUGACCUGCAGCUCCACCUGCACUCUGCCCAACAACCCCACCUACAUCUGGUACAGGAACGGACAGCCUGUAUCUGACCAGAACAGAAAUGAACUGGAGCUGAGAGACAGAACUGUGGAUGCUGGCAGCUACUCCUGCGCUGUGAAAGGAUACGAGGAGCUCGGCUCUCCUGCCGUCUGUGUUUUUGAUAAAGGCCUGCAGGUGAAAGUGGAAGGUCCUGCAGUCACAGCGUCAGAGGGACAGACAGUAACACUGACCUGCAGCUCCACCUGCACUCUGCCCAACAACCCCACCUACAUCUGGUACAGGAACGGACAGCCUGUAUCUGAGUGUGAAUCUGCCUCCUGCCCUGUAGCUGUGGUCAGUGAAGCGGUCAGCUACAGCUGUGCUGUUAGAGGCAGUCGUCUCCACUCUCCUCCAGUGUACUCCCCUAAGACCACCAGAGCGGUCAUUCUUCCCUCUGGACAGAUAAUGGAGGGAGAUUCAGUGACUCUGACCUGCAGCAGUGAUGCAAACCCUCCUGUUCUCUCCUACUCCUGGUUUAAUCAGAGCUCAGACGUAGAGCUGGGAACAGGACAGAGUUACAGCAUCACCAGCAUCAGCUCCCAGCACAGCGGACUCUACUACUGCACCGCUCAGAACCAGCUCGGACAGAGCCGCUCUGGACCCUCCCGUCUGGAUGUGUUAUACUCUCCCAGACCUCCAUCUGUAUCUGAGACUGAGGUUAACGGCUCCGUCACGCUGGUCUGUGUCAGCGACUCCAACCCUGCCAGCUCUUACACCUGGUUCAGGAAGACAAGAGGGAACAUCACACAGGUUGGAGAAGAAGCCAGUUUAACUUUAGCUGCAGGAGCAGAUGGAGUUUUCUACUGUAUGGCAGAGAAUCCAUACGGAUCAUCCACCUCAUCAGAAUGGACUCUUACAUCAGCUGGGCUGUGGAAGCAGUUUGCUGUGUGGGGAACCAUUGGAGUCGGUUCUGCUCUGGUUCUGUCUCUUAUUACUGCUGCUGUCUGUCUUCAGAGGAAGAGAGGAGCAGAGGGAGGAGCAGAUGUUCAGGCUCCGAAGUGUGGAGACGACACGUACUCGGCUCUGAACCCCAACGCCAGGUCCUCCGACUACGACACUCUGACUGUUAGAGACUCUGCCAGCGACACGUACUCAGCUCUGAACUCCACCACCAGGUCCUCCGACUACGACACUCUCACAAUCUCCUGUUUUCCAGGUUGUCCGUCCUCACCCAGCGAUGAGAAGAGCUCCAGAGAACGAGAACUAACAGCUGUUCAUUUACUCUUCAUUCACCACUGCAGCUUCAGCUCUAUGGACAGAACAUUAAAGAGGCGUACGGAGGAUUUCUGAGGAUUAAAGAGCUUCUAGAGCUCAAAACACAUCAGAUGAUCUCCUAAAGUCAGAGAGAUUCUCUCAGAUCAGUCAGAGGAGCUUCUGUUUAUGAAGGGUCAUUAUUCACUGUAGUUCUGUUAUACACCAUGAUGAUCCAAACACGGAGCAGAACCAGGCGGUUCUGAUCGCUCAGUGUGAACAGAGUUGAGAUGAUUUGGAUCCAGUUUGAGUAAAAAUGUCACUGUGUAAAUCAGAUUUAUUAAUGUAGAGUUUGUAUAUUUUCAGUUGCUUUUCUGUAGUUUUACUCUUGUUCUCAUUGUUUAGGUUAGUAGAUCCUCAGCUCUAAGUGUGUCCAGUCUGUCUCCAGUCACUGGCCUAGUAGACAUAACAGCUUGUACGUAAGCUUCCACUUCCGACUCUGUGUCGGCUAGAACCAGCUGCUUCCCUGGAACAUGGACUGCAGUGACGCUGAAUCUCAUUAAGCGCGUUAACAGGCGCUGACAUCGCAGUAGUACCUUGUCGAGGUCAUAUGAAUUCAUUAGGGGAACGAGUGGUUUAUAAUCUGUAUGAAGAGAAAAUCUGUUCAUACCUUGCAGAUAUCGUGUAAACCGCUCACACGCCCACACUGCUGCUAAGCACUCUUUUUCAAUUUGGGAAUACCGCUGUUCUGUCGGGGUCAGCGUUCGAGAGCAAAAAGCAACUGGAUGUAGUUCUCCUCCUUGUUGUAGGAGGGUUGCCCCGAGGCCAUAGCUACUCGCAUCUGCGCUCACCACCGUAGGCUUGCUGCUAUCAUAGAAGGUUAAAGCAGGUGC